UAUAUUUACUACAAUACGUCACGUAAAUUUUUCUCAGAUUUUUCACUAUUUUUCAGCCUAAUUUGCCCUAAGUGAAUAUGAUAAACGUUAAUUUUUCAUAUUAUCUUUGAAAAUAGUGAGCAGCAAAUAUGAUGCAACAUCAAUAUUGGGUAACAAAAAAGACUGUGUUGAAAAAAUUGGGCACCAAAGAAGAUGAAUGUAUCGUCGCCUCUGACGCCGAACUAGACGCGAAACUGGAAUUAUUUCGAUCAAUAUCAGAUAGUUGUUUGCAAUUGCAACGUGUUUUAGAUCAGUACCAGGAGCGGUUAUGUCUUUUGGCUCAAGAAGAGAAUUCCUUAGGGAAAUUUUUACGAGAUGCGGGCAAAACCACCGAUGCAGCCGGAAAACAUAUGGUAUCUGCUGGUAAAGCUGUUUCUUAUUCUGGCCAGCAGCGUUUAUCUAUAAGACCGCCAUUAUUGAGGCUUUACCACGAGGUGGAAACAUUUAGAUGCCGCGCUGUGAAGGAUAUGCGAGCUACUGUAUCAGCGAUGGAAAAGGCACGUAUCGAGUAUCGUGCGGCGCUAAGUUGGAUGAAAUCGACGAGUGCUCAACUUGAUCCCGAUACUGGACGCGGUCUCGACAGCUUUCGGAAAGCGCAGCGUCAGGUUCGGGAAAGUAAAAAGGUUUUUGAUAAACUAACCCUGGAUGUUUUACAAAAGAUUGAUUUGUUAGCUGCAGCCAGAUGCAACAUGUUUUCCCAUGUGCUGUCAAAUUAUCAGAAUUCUUUCUUGAAUUUCUCAAAAGUUGUGGCUCAAACUCUGGAAGCAACUAUAGAUACAAUGAAUGAAACACCACAGUAUGAAUUUUGCAUUUUAAAGAGCUUGGGAGAGGUAGAUCCUAAUCAGACGGAAGAUUCUGUGCCUGACAAAGAUCAAAUGUUGUUCUUUCAGGAUGAUUAUAAAGAUGAAACUGAAGGCAAAACUGAAUCUAAAAUUGACAAAGAAAAGAAGCCGUCCAAUUCUAGUCAACUUGAAGAUCCAGGCACAUCUUCCAACCUUAUAAAUACAAAAUCUGAAAUACCACCAGCUGUUAAUAAUGAUAUCCGUUCGGACUUAGUUGGCCUCAAUCUAGACUUUGGAAGUUCACUAGCACACUUGGGAAAUUUUAUGCCUUCUCAGUUACUGGAGGAUUUAAAUACCAACUUGUUAGAAGAAUCAUUGGUACCUACUAAUGUUGACAAAAUCAACAUGCCAAACCAAUCACCACCACAGCAACCUAUGGCGAAACCUGCACCAAAGAAGCAAGAUAAAGCUGCAUGGUUUAAACUUUUUGCUGAACUGGAUCCUCUUGCAAAUCCAGACAAUUUGCCUGGAUUUUUGCGUGGCUUACUGAGCAUUGCAGAUCCUCCCAAUAAGGUUCUAGAAGUUCGCUCAGACAAUUAUAUCUCGAGGCCAAUACAUUACAGGGAGGAUUCGAUGCUGCUUUAUGCACCAAUAAUCCCUUCAGAUGGCAAAAAUUCAAAGGAUAAAUUUUACGAAAUUGUAUUACACAAACCAUUUACAGAAAGCUUGCAUCAUAUGUACAGUUUGUUUCGGUCAGAAAACCGGGAGGCUUGUGAAGAGAGAUUCAUUGUGUAUAAAGAGAGAAUACCACUAUAUGUGAAAAUAACUAAAGAAUGUACAGUAGCAGGGCUUCAAAAACUAUGUGAUACAUUGACUGAACACCAGUCAUGGUCUGUCGCACAUUUGGUUGCUCAUUUUGGCCAGUACGAACUGUUUAAUGAUCCAGAAGUACAGAAGCAAAUUGAUGAAAUAGAUCCUGCAACAGGCACUACUCCGUUAAUGGUUGCUGUAAAAUCUGGUAAUGUACGAAUGGUUCAAAGCUUGGUAUUGCUGAACUGCUCAUUAGAGAUAGUUGACAACGAGGGUAAUACAGUCUUUCAUUAUGCUGCAGCAAGUAAUAAGGAAAUUAUAAAUGUCCUAGCGGGUAAAACUUCGGCGUCCCUGAAUAUUUACAACAAGCAAGGUUAUACGCCACUGCACAUGGCUUGCUUAGCGGACGCGCCUGACUGCGUCCGGGCAUUGAUACUCGCAGGGGCAGAUGUCAACUUGACUGCCGCCGAAAAGAGGAUUGUGAUGAGCACCACAUAUACAAUUCCAGGCAUAGUAGGUGAUGUCCUACAAGACAACCGACCAAAGCUGUUCCAACAAGAUAUGAAACGAGGCGGUACCCCAUUACAUUGGGCCAUAUCCCGGGAAGUGAUAGAGGCACUAGUUGAUAAGCAGUGCGAUAUAAACGCUGUUAACUUCGACGACAGAACCGCCCUGCAUAUAAUGGUUUUAAGAGGCAGGUUGGAAUGCGCCAUCGCUUUACUAUCAAGAGGGGCGGAACAUUCUCUAGGAGACAACGAAGGAAAUACUCCUCUACAUUUGGCAGUGAAACAGACUAAUAUCGCAAUAGUACAGGCUUUGGUUGUAUUCGGUGCUGAUUUGGAAAAGAAGAAUAAUGCUGGCUUCACUGCGAGGCAUAUCGUACCCACGGAUAUGUCGAAUAGCAAUUAUAAUGAAAUUUUGUAUGUUCUACAUUCAGUUGGUGCACAAAGGUGUAUAUCAGACAUACCAGGUUGCGGGUCUGGUUGCUCGGCCAGGGGGGAAUAUAAUGGCGUACCCCCAAAGGCGGUGGCCAGGGCUGCCACCAGGGAACAAAUCGACUAUAUGCUGACAGCGGCCACUAUGGCCAAGGCAUCGUGUCUAGAACCUAGUGAGAAACAGGGCCGGUUGCUAUGUUUGGACGGUGGUGGUAUACGAGGCCUAGUUUUAAUUCAAGUCUUAUUAAACCUAGAGAUAGCAGUUGGCAAACCUAUAAUACACUGCUUCGAUUGGGUGGCGGGCACCAGUACUGGCGGAAUUUUAGCAUUGGCUUUAGCCUGUGGAAAGAGUUUGAGGGAAUGCCAGAGGUUAUACUUUAGGAUGAAAGAGUAUGCAUUUGUUGGAAUGAGGCCUUAUCCAUCGGAACCUUUGGAAGCUAUACUUAAGGAAUGUUUAGGUACGGAAACAGUGAUGGCAGAUAUUGAUCACCCGAAGUUAAUGAUCCUUGCCGUGUUAGCGGAUCGGAAGCCUGUAGAUUUACAUAUAUUCAGGAAUUAUCAAUCCGCGCAGGAUAUUCUCAACGAAUAUAAUGGAACUAGUAGUCCUCACGCCGAGGCUGGGGAUCAUGCUUCAGUGGUUUCAUUACCCCCGCCGCCUCCGCCCGCGGAACAGCUAGUGUGGCAAGCGGCCAGGGCAACCGGAGCCGCACCGUCCUACUUCAGGGCUUCGGGCAGGUAUCUCGACGGAGGUCUCAUGGGUAACAAUCCAACGUUGGACGCCCUCACCGAACUAACAGAGCUCCGAUUAGCUUUAGAGGCGACGGGACAGCACGAAGCGGCUAAGAAAACGAGCCUGAAAGUCGUGAUUUCCUGCGGUACAGGCUUAAUUCCAGUGUCGAAGUUAAACGACAUAGACGUUUUUAAGCCUGAGAGCUUAUGGGAUACGGCGCGUCUCGCUUUGGGACUCACUGCGAUUGGAGGCCUCUUGGUUGACCAGGCUACGCAGUCAGACGGUCGCGUGGUAGAACGAGCGCGUGCUUGGUGUAGUGCUCUAGGCGUCCCCUACUAUCGGUUCGCGCCGCAAAUGUCGAAAGACGUGGCGAUGGACGAGCGAUCCGACGAGCAACUCGUCACCAUGCUGUGGGAGGCGCAUUCGUAUAUGCGCGCGAAUCGCGAUCGACUUGCCGAGUUGGCAGCUAUAUUGUGCGACAAUGGUGAUGAAAUUAGAAAGUGAACUUCAAGCUGAAUUAGUCACAAUUCUUUUAGUUUAAUAUGUCAGCUCUGAGCUAUUCCAUUACAGUAACUGUUUAAUUUUAUAGUCAUUAAGUGUUGUUAUUCAUUUAUGUAACAUUUGUUUACUCGUAAUUUAAUUUUAUUCUCUAUAUACUGUAUACUGUAGAGUUUAGUUAGUCUUAUUACGUCUAAUCAAUGUACUUUAAAUAAAAGCGCACCGAAGUGAAAAAAAAAUCACAUUUUCGUCAAGUUUGGAAGACUGCUUUAAAAGACGGUAUUUAUCUUAACAAUAUGUUAAUUAAGAUUAAGAAAGAUUAUGAAUAUAUCUUAAUCUUUAAAAAAUCAGCUUUCGUAAGUGUUUGCAAGGCAAACAAUGAAGUCGAUGGAUUUACUUGAAAUUUUUAAACAACUUUGUAUUUCUAUGCGUCUUUCUAUAUCGUUUCAAAUAUUAUUAGUAUGACGCGGCUUGGAUCACCGUGGCAGAAGCUGUUCUAUAAUACUGGAAGUAUGUGUCCAGCUGUAGUAUUAAAAGGCUGCUAAAUUAUGAUAUAUUUAAAACAAAGUUGACCUCUGCUAAAUUAUGAUAUA